AUGGAGCGACCAAUUCCAUCAGAGAGAUCCACCGGAGACGACGAAUCGGCGGUUUCCGAUUGCGAGAGUGUUGCUUCCGGCGGCCACGUUUCAGAGAGGCAAGUUCGGAAGACGGAUGGUGCCGAUAUGAACCUAAUUCGAACUAGAUUCGUUUACGGUUUGAGCACGCAAGGAUUGAAAGCCGAUGUGAUGUCGAUUCAGAGGAAUCCUUGUUCAUCUGUAAUGGCACAAGCGAGAAUUCAAUCGUUUCAGAUCUUCGCACGCGCGGUGGCGAAACUCCGCGGUGGAAAUGCGAACGUGAAACACGUUUGGUAUGGUGCGUCUAGUAAGGAAGAGAUUGAUGAUAUUAUUCAACACGGUUUUGGUCAUGCUCAUAGUAAUGGUUUGCGUUUCUCUCCCAAUGAUUCACCUCUCGAAAGUGUGAAAAGUUCUGUUGUUGAUAAAGACGGUUUGAGGCACUUGUUGCUAUGUCGUGUGAUUCUUGGAAAGAUGGAGGUUGUGGCAGCGGGUUCUGAGCAAUGCCGUCCGAGUUCUGAAGAGUAUGAUUCUGGGGUGGAUAGUUUUUCAUCUCCCAAAGAGUUCAUUGUUUGGAGUAACAGGAUCAACACGCAUGUGUUGCCUGAAUAUGUUUUGAGUUUCAAACUUGCUUCCAACAAAGGACAUGAGAAGGUCGGAGUUGGGGGGCAAUCUAUGAGACCGUCUUCGCCUUGGAUGCCAUUCACGGUCCUAAUUUCCGUGCUUUCCAAGAUGUUGCCUCCGUCUGAUAUUGUUUUCAUUGCCAAGUUUCACAAAGAGUAUAGAGAAAAGAAGAUUUCGCGACAUGAAUUGACACAAAAAGUUAGACUAAUUGCGGGAGACAAGUUGCUGGUUUCUGUUAUCAAAUCUUUCAGAGCAAAGAAAAUGCUUGCAAGCUUUAGGCAAACCGGACAGCCAGCAGCGUGGAUGGAUAAUUGUCCAUACAUACAAUAG